AUGGCUUCACUUCCAGAUCCCCCACCGGGGUUAGAUCUGACCGAGACGAACGUGCCGCGGUUUGUCGCCUCGACUUCUCUCACCUGGGCAAUGGCAGUCGCGUGCGUUGGUAUGCGAUUUUGGGCUCGGAAGCUCACGAGAAGCGGCUUCUGGUGGGACGACUGGAUCAUCCUCACAUCUAUCAUAUGGACCGGCAUAUUCUUCUUCACCGCGACAUGUUAUAUUGUUCCUAGAGGACUUGGCUUGCACAUAUGGGCUGCCCCUCCCGGUGCGAUGAGAGCGUACUUUUUCGGCCUUUACAUAGUUGAAUUCGCCUAUGUACUCGCUCUUUUCAGUGUGAAGUCGUCGAUACUUGCCCUCUACUGGCGAAUUUUCAGCGCGGAUCGCAGAAUCAGGUGGCCGUUAAUGAUUUUGUUCUCCAUUUCCCUUACGUGGGCAGUUGCACUUAUUGUGGUGAUCUUGUUACAAUGUCAACCGAUCAGCGCGUUCUGGGCCAGAUUCGACGUCAAUCCUCCCGACCCGUCGGAAUACAAUUGUGGCGUCAACCUACACCAGUUCUUUCUUGGGAACUCCAUUCCCAACAUCCUCACCGACAUAUCAUUAAUAGUUGUCCCAACUCCAUUUAUUUGGAAACUAAGCCUUCUCCACUCGCAGAAGAUAGCCAUCCUAGGCAUCUUUGCUGUCGGCCUAUUCGUGACUAUUGUAUCUGUGGUUCGACUCCACUUUAUCCUAAAUCUCGAUUUCAAGAACCCCGAUGUUAUCUGGCUAGCGAGCCAAGAGAUGAACUGGACCAUCACGGAAAUAAACGUUGCCGUAAUCUGCGCAUGCCUCCCGUCCCUCAAACCAAUCCUGAACUUGAUCCUGCGCGGCCGACUCCAUAGCACACAAUCUGCGAACAGCCAAGGUCUCCAUGAUUCAUCCGCCAAAGAUGGAAGCAGGAUCGAUUUAAGCAGAAAAUGGAGCAGCAACCUCCUACUCAAUCCCGCCGCCAAGGGAACCUCGAGUGUGUCCGUGAGCACAUCGAAAGACAUCCACAACGACACACACCCCUUCGCGAAACUAGCGGGCCACGAGCUCGAGACGUGGCAAUACACAGAAACCACAAGUACAGGGUCUAAGACUUCGGGGACCGAGGUGGAAGGCGUUGAAGAGUCUGUUUCACAUGGAAUAAUUGUGACCAAAACCAUUCGGGUAAAAACUCAAGGUUGA